GAGUGGAAACAUUUUGGAGGUCUUUGUUUGGGGGGUAACUCGUGCACUGCGUAGUUCUGUGCACACGACGCGUGACCAUAUUGAAUAUAUUUCAUGAGCGGAUUGUAGAGCGGCUCAAGAGUAGCCUUUAAAUUUUCAAAAUCCUCCCAAUCGAGGUUUAACAAUGGAGAACUCUUAUGGUGUAGGGGUCCAGAAUAGGUACGAAGUCAACUUUGAUGAGGAGGCCGAUCCUCUGGACUUCAUUAAAAUACCCAAGAAACCGGCCAAGACUUCUUCUGAAGAAAAGGAAAAUAAAGAGAAGUCCAACAAAUCUAAGGUUGCUUCAAACAAGAAAGUUCCGAAGCCAGAUGGAGUUGCUAAGGCUUCAGAGAAGAGCGUUCAAGGCAAACCUCAGCCAGGACCCCAGCAGAGCUCACAGCAGCGGAAUGGCGAGCACCGAGUGAAGUUCUCCGAACGCGAGGAGAGAAACAACCGUCGCAACAAGCCAGACGGCAGCUUCAGUGGCGCCCCUAAUGGCCAAAUACAAAGAAGUGAUGACGAACGCCCGCCGCGACGAUUUGAAGGAGAUCGUCCGCCUCGUCGAUACGAGGGAGAUCGUCCUCCACGACGCUUUGAUGAGGAUCGUCCUCCGCGACGCUUUGAUGAGGAUCGUCCUCCGCGACGAUUUGAUGAGGAUCGUCCUCCCCGACGAUUUGAUGAAGAUCGUCCUCCGCGACGAUUCGAUGAGGAUCGUCCUCCUCGGCGAUUUGACGACGAUGGACCCCGUCAGCGCUACAACGAUGGCGGCGCCCCUAGGCGCUUCAACGACGGCGAACGCCGUUUCGAUGGCGAAGGUCGUGGUCGCGGGCGCGGUAUGGGUCGCGGUGGUCGUGGGCGCGGCGGUGGUGGCAAGCGCGAGUUCGACCGUCACAGCGGGUCUGAGCGCUCAGGUGUGAAGCCUGUGGAGAAGCGCGACGGUAGCGGUUCCUACAACUGGGGCUCUGCUAAGGACCAGAUUGAUGAGAACGUCAACAAUGAAGCGUCACCUAACGCUGAUCUUGAUUCCUCUGCAGAGGACAAGGAAAAGAGCUCCGGAGAAGACGGCGCAGCGAGCGGCAACGAGUCCGGCGGUGAGGCCGGGACCAAGGAGGAGGAGCCUCGCGAGAUGACCCUUGAUGAGUACAAGGCCAUGCAGAAGCAGUCGCGUGUCAAGCCUGAGUUCAAGGUGCGCAAGGCCGGCGAAGGCGUCAACGAUGAACAGUGGAAGAAGACCUACGUUCUCAAGAAGAAGGAGGUCAGCGAGGAUGAAGUUGAAGAGAGUGAUGAUGAAGAGGAAGAAGAAGAGCAUCAUGGCAAGAGCAAGAUUGUGCUUAACAUCGACUUCCAGUUCUCUGACUCGCCCAUGCGUGGCGGUCGAGGACGUGGACGAGGCCGUGGUGGCGUGGGUGGCCGUGGUGGACGCGGUGGCAUGUCUGGCCGUGGAGGUCGUGGUGGACCUGUUGGUGGAGGAGGUAUGGGAGGCGGUGGCUACGGUGGUGGAUACAAUCGUGGUGCCCGCGCUGCUCCACGACCUGCUGCCCCUAAGAUGGACGAUGAAGGAGAUUUCCCGUCCCUCAAGGGAGCCAAGUAACUCCAGAUUUCGGUGUUGGUGGUGGUGUGCUCCACGAAUGAGUGAUCGAUCGAGUUGAUAAUUUUUCAUUAAGUCCCCAAGCCAUGAGAGUUCUCCAAUGUUGAAUUGUUUGCGGAGUACGUUUCGUAGCUAACGUAUGUCCUCUCACUUCACUCGCUAUGAAAAUUAGCAAAACUACAAACCUAAACAUGUUAAUCCAUUGCUAUAAUCAAACAUCCGAUUUUUUAGCCAGGCAUUUCUUGCUCGCUGUCUUCUUACACUUACUGUCGUCAAACCAACUGUUUGUAAAUAUUGCUACAAUAUCGUGAGUGUCGUGCGAUUUUUGUGUAAAUAAUGUCCAUAAUUGUCUGGUGUGCUUGAGCUUUGCUCAUGUUUCAAUUGAAUUUAGAACGUCGCGUUACUUUUAUACACAUAGAAGACCCUUUUCUGCAGAUGUUGAAUUGUAGAGUAGGGUGUUCUUUGCCGUCGCUAGUAUCUAUCGUCCAUAACCUUCACUAUUGGAGACCUUGCAUUUUGGUUUGUAUGACAUGCUCUCAUCCGACUUUUAUAAAAAAACUGGACUAGGUUUUGUUUGCAGUACAAGAACAAAUGCGUGUGACUGUUAUUACCUAAUGAUGUUGUGCUUGCGGUUAAUUAACCCUGGUUGAUCUGUGAUCCAGGCUAAACCUGGCUGCGUACUUGACGCAAGUUUUUUUUUCUGCUACUGCAAGUAGCAAGUUGAGACACUAACAAUAAAAUUUCGAGUCA